CGGGGCCGAGCUGUCGUGACGCGCGCGGGCGGUAGGGUGCGGUGUCCGCGCUGUCCGCUUCACCGGGUGUCAUUGGGCUCCGAGGAGCUGCGGCGAGGGCACCGCGGGCGGCUAGGUGUCCGGCACGGCCAUGGCAGGAGCGCUGGUGCGGAAGGCGGCGGACUAUGUCCGGAGCAAGGACUUCCGGGACUACCUCAUGAGUACUCACUUUUGGGGCCCAGUAGCCAACUGGGGUCUUCCCAUCGCCGCCAUCAAUGACAUGAAGAAGUCCCCAGAGAUUAUCAGUGGGCGGAUGACAUUUGCCCUCUGCUGUUACUCCCUCACGUUCAUGAGAUUCGCCUACAAGGUGCAGCCUCGGAACUGGCUCCUGUUUGCCUGCCACGCCACCAACGAAGUAGCACAGCUCAUCCAGGGAGGACGGCUGAUCCGGCACGAGAUGUCUAAAAAGGCGUCAGCCUAACAAUAGGAGAUGAAGAACCGGCCUUUGAAGGGACUGCAUCGCCAGCUGCCGUUGCCGUGUCAUGGAUUCCACCAUCAUGAAUAGUCUUGCUGAGGAAAAUAUGCGGAAUGCUAUUUUUACUAAUCAGACUAUUUUUCUAGACAUAGCAGAGUCCGUAAACCAACUCUCUGCUGCCUUACGAGUACUGAAUAUUUUCCUUCUCUUCAGAAAGAGUAGCACAAAUAUGCAAUCAAGUUAAUAAUUCUCAAUGAAGGUUUUAUCUGCAGUAAUAUGUGUAUUAUCUAUUAGAAUAUACUUAAUGAAAAACUGAAGAGAACACAAUUUGUAACCAUUAGCAUUUAAGUACUCCGAAGUCGUGUCCUUUAACGACCAUGACCCAGCCGACAGCUGGCCGCACACCCAAAGCACAUUGCCAGUGUUUGGGAAGCUGUUUGUACUUCCGUGCAGUGUGUAUAUUGAAAUGCUGUAAAUUAAUGGCAAUAAAUGAUUUAAAUAUUUGUCAAAUAA